AUGACGAGUGCGUCUACGUCAUCUAGUAGUGCCGGAGUGAAAAGGAAAGCUUUGUCUAUUGACGAUAAAUUGAGAAUUAUUAAACUGUAUGAUGAAAAAAUUGGUGUAUUCAAUAAACAACAAAUUGCCGACCAAUUAAGAUUGCCUUCCUCUUCGUUGCGGACCAUAUUGAAGAACCGGAAAGAAAUUGAAAAAAAACGCUUUUUCAGGCAUUACGAAACGUCAAAAGAAAAAGCAAAUGAGAUCGCAAAAAGGUUGAACAUAACGGACUUUGGUGGAUCUAAUGGUUGGCUUGAUCGUUUUAGAAAAAGGCACGGUAUUGUCUAUCGUAAAAUUUGUGGGGAAGCCGAUGCUGUAGAUGACAACAGUAUUAAAUCGUGGAAAGAGACAAUUCUACCAAAUUUGUUGAAAGAUUAUUCACCCGAGGAUAUAUACAAUGCUGAUGAGUUUGGCUUGUUCUUUAAAUUGAUGCCAGAUAAGUCACUUGUGAUGAAAGACGAAACAUGUCAUGGUGGUAAGUUAAGUAAGGACCGGUUAACUGUUUUAACUUGCUCAAAUUGGUCUGGAACUGACAAGCUAAAACUUUUGGUAAUAGGUAAAUCGAAAUCCCCCCGAUGUUUUAAAAAUGUACACACUUUACCGUGUGAUUAUAAAGCUGAAAACCGUGCGUGGAUGACUGGAAGUUUAUUCAUUGAAUGGGUUCAACAGCUCAACUGCAAGUUCGUUAAACAGAAAAGAAACGUCCUUUUAUUUGUCGAUAAUUGCCCUGCUCAUCCGAAAGAAAUAACCCUUACAAAUAUCAAACUUGUGUUUUUCCCGCCAAAUGCUACGAGCAAGCUUCAGCCCCUUGAUCAAGGUGUGAUCAAAGUUUUAAAACAGAAAUACCGUAAGAAAUUAGUUCAACGGUAUUUACUAGAAAUGGAAUCGGUGACCGAUGCAGAAAUCCCCAAAAUCAAUGUUUUAGAUGCUAUUCAUUAUGUUUCAAUUGCGUGGGAUGAGAUAAAACCAGAAGUUAUUAAAAACUGUUUCAACAAAGCCUAUUUUGAUAACGUCUCACAAGAAGACCCUCACGUUUUGGACUCAGACGAAUUUCGGGACUUUGAGGAGGUUUAUCCAGGCUACACAUCCAUUGACGACCAAUUAAUAACGAACGAGGCACUAGAACUUGAAGAAAUUAUCAAUCAGGCUACAGUAAACGAUGAACCAGAUGAGCCAAGUGAUGAUGAGGAAGAAUACAUUCCACCACUUCCGUCAAUCGCUAGUACUGUACAAUCAAUAUCUACAUUGAGACAGGCACUUACUGCAACUGAUGGCUCCGAAAACAUGCUUCUAUAUCUAGGUAGGGUGGAAAAUUUCUUAUUGAAUAAAUAUAAAAAUAAUGUAUUGAAACAACCAACCAUUACCACUUUUUUUAAUCCAAGAAAAUAA